AUGUUGCCAACCGAGAUUUCAGGAGGAGUGUGUUUCACCUCAAGCGGCCACACUGAGGGAAGGAGAGAAGGGAUGAAAACGGAGGAGAGCCAGCAGUCCUGUCUGCAGCAGCCUCCAUCCUCAACGCCUUUUGGUCCGGAGUACACGGGAGGGGGUGAAGUGUGUGCGGGGUGCGACUCUCCCAUCGCCGACCGCUUCCUGCUGCGCGUGAACGAGCGCUCCUGGCACGAGACCUGCGUCAAGUGCACCGUGUGUUUGAGCGCGCUCACCGGGACCUGUUACUGCAGGGACCGCCUGCUCUACUGCAAGCUCGACUAUGAGAAGCUGUUUGUAAGGAAGUGCAGCGCCUGUCUGCAGGUGAUUGGACGUUCAGAACUGAUCAUGCGUGUGCUAGGCCAGGUGUACCACCUGGGCUGCUUCAGCUGCUGUGAGUGUGAACGCCGGCUCCAGAGAGGUGAUGAGUUUGUGCUGAAAGAAGGCCAGCUGCUCUGUCGCAUGGACUAUGAGAAGGAGAGGGAAAUGCUCGCUGCCAUCAGUCCCACACCAACUGAAUCAGUGAAAAGUGAGGAUGAGGACGGUGGAGGGGGCUCUGGUGGGGGGAAGGGUGGUGACGAAGGCAAGGAGCACAAGCGCUCAAAACGACCACGCACUAUCUUGACUACACAGCAGCGCCGUGCGUUCAAGGCCUCCUUUGAAGUGUCUGCUAAGCCUUGCCGUAAGGUGAGAGAGACACUGGCUGCUGAGACUGGGCUGACAGUGCGAGUCGUGCAGGUGUGGUUUCAAAACCAGAGGGCCAAGAUGAAGAAGAUAGCUCGGCGACAACAGCAACAGCAGCAGCAGCAGCAGGAGCAAGAACAGCUUGGAGGGACCAGGAGAGGACCAAGUAGAGGGGGCCGCCAGAGCAACGAUGACAGUGAGGAUGGCUCUAGUACCCAUGGCAUGGAUGGGAUCCUGGGAUAUCCCUCGCUGCCACGGCAGCAACUACUCACUCUGGAUCCCAACAUCUAUGGUGGGGAGCCUUUUCGACAUGGGCUUACACCGCCUCAGCUGAGCAACGAGCAGAUCCACUCUUAUGACUCAGAGACAGUGUUUCAUGACCUAGACAGCGAUGGAAGCCUUGGUCACCUUGGCGACUGCCUCCUAGCAACAGGGGAAGGUGGCCUCCUGCCAGGGCGAGUGGGAAACCCCAUUGACCGUCUCUACUCCAUGCAGAACUCCUACUUCACCUCCUGA